AUGUAGGUAUUUAGGAGAGGACUCGAACCUCGGACCUUGUUGGAGCAAACCACAUACCUGACCAUUUGAGCUACUCUUUUGGAUUCUCUUAUAUGUUUUAUGGAGACGACCGGAUAAUCUUGCCUCCAUAAAAUCCGUAGCCAUAUGUAUAAUGUAAAAGAUUUGUAGGAAUGUGGAUCUUUUCAGCCUAGUUUUGAUAUUCACUCAUUCAUCCGAUCUUAAGUGUAAGAAGCUAGUUGUGGAUCUCCUACAUAAUUACAUGCUCAUAUCAAGAAUCAAGAACGAUUAAUGGACCAAAUACCCCCUUCGGAUGAUCAGCUGUGUAAAAAAAGUCAUAAAACAAAUGAACAAGGAUGUUCAGUGUCACUAAUGUCUACUCUCGGUGAUGAUAUAUUUUUGGAAAUAUUGCUAAGACUUCCUGAUUUUAGAUGUAUAGUGGAGUGCUCUUAUGUUUGCAAGCGUUGGUUCUCAAUUAUUUCUCGUUCCAAAGCCUAUUUCAGUCAUAGAUUCAAUCAUUAUCACCGUCAGAAAAGGCUUUGUAACUCAUCAUCAUCGUCAUCAUCAUCUCCAUCUCUUCCUUUCACUCUACUAUUUACAAACUUAGCUAUGAUUGAUCAUUAUUUCUUUGCGGAGCAGUAUAUUUCUGAGAGAUCAAAGAUUCUUCACUAUGGACAAGAAGCGGCAUUAAAUUUUUUACCUUGGAAGAUGUACAAGAAUGGUUUAUACUUAGAGUCGUCGUUUGAGGAUUUGUUGCUAGUUGGAAUAUAUCCUAAAGGAUGUUUGUUUGUUUGCAAUCCUUUUACAAGGCAGUUUGUUGAGCUUCCUCGUUCUCCAAACGCUUUUCAUCGUCGUUCUAGAUAUGCAUUAGUAGUAUCUGAGUAUAGUAAGAUCAAGUAUAAGGUAGUCCAAAUAAGCACAGAGGUGGAUGAUAUAACAAGUGUUUCACCACCAUUUCUACUUCAUUUAACAAUUUUUUCUUCUGAGACAGGACAAUGGAGUUCUUCAACUUUUAAUUUUCCAGAAGUGGCCCUCUUUGACAGAUGCUCUUAUCGAACACCCAUUGUCGGUAGCAAUGGAAUUGUAUACUGGCCAUAUGGUGUGUACAAAACUGAAGGCCUAGUUGCAUUAGACAUUUGUUCAAAACAAUACCAUUUGGUUGGUUUGCCUCGGGAAUUAGGCCAUGACUGGCGUUCUUUGGGUUCAAGAAUACAUGUUGGAGUGGUUCGGGGGAAGGUGCGGCUAGCACAAUUCUUUUGGUAUAAAAGGAAACAAUUCUUUGUUUUCAAGGCAUGGGAAUUAGUUGAUGAUGAUAAGAUGUGUAAUUGGAAUUUAGUGCAUUAUCACGAUCAAAUGAAGAUGUCGGAAUGUUGUAUGAGCUUGUCUUCGCUUCUUACUAUACAUGCUCUUCAUCCGGAUGAUGGAGAUGUGUUCUUUUUCUCAUUAUCGAAUAAAACUCUUAAAGCUAAGGAGGAUAUAAGGAUCUUUCAAUGUCAAAUGCUUGGCCAGAAUCAGAGUCACAUUGAAAUUCUGUGUAAUCUUCCACCUAAAAUAUACGCCUCAAGAGUAAGUGUUGUUUCUCUUUUGCAUCCAUGGUGGCCUACUCAAGUCCCUGAUCUCUAUCACCCAACUGAUAUUUAGAUUUAAAAUUGCAUAUGUUUAUAACUACUAUUAAUAUUAGAACAAAAGUAUUCUAUCUUUUCUUGAUUUUUACUUUUAUUGAAAGAUGAAA